UGCUUUCAUUCGUACGCGAUACAGCGACGACGCCGGCACGAGCGUCGCGACGCGCAUCUUCAACCGACCUACAACGCGUAAUAAUAACCAUUUAAAAACUGUUCACCAAAAAUCUUGAGAAUACAAAACAAUUGUGACUUAUGGAAAAGUUAUGAACAACAAACACUCCAGUGGUUCGUAUGUAUCGAAUAGCGCUCAGUGACAGCUGAAAAGUGUAACCGUUUUUCGAAUGUAGUCGCUAGUGACAAACUCUAGUUCGUUGUGACGAAGGCAACACACAUCUACACUACGAGUGCCAAGCUGCAAACUUCAGAAAAAUGAAAACUUUAAAUCGACUACUUCUGCUUCUCUUCUCGACAUUUCUUAGAGAUGUUUAUUGCUUAAAGAACGUCACGCUAACGAUAGAUCCCAAAGUGGUGAAACGACAUCAACACUCGAUACUGCGCUGCGAAUACGACCUGGAAAACGCGCCAUUAUAUUCGGUGAAGUGGUAUCGAGGGAGGCACGAGUUCUACAGGUACACGCCAACAGAUGUGCCACAUAUGAAAAUUUUCCCUCUUGCCGGCAUCACCGUGAAUCUACACAGUUCGAACAGUACGCAAGUGCUGCUGGAGAACAUCGAGUUCAAUCUGUCCGGAAACUUCAGUUGUGAGGUGACCACCGACACCGAGCCCAUACUAUCGACCGCCAUGGACACGCAGGUCAUGCUCGUUGUGCAACUUCCCGAUAAUCCGCCGACGAUAAGCGUCGGCCAUGAACCGCUGGAUAUCGGCGACACGUUGCGCGCGAAUUGUUCGUCGCCGCCAUCACGCCCGCCCGCGAUAUUAAAAUUCCUGCUGAACAACAUAGCGGUGCAUCGAUCCGAGCCAAUGACGAGACGAAAACAGAACGAGUACGAAUGGAGUGACCUCAUGCUGGAACUUCCCUUAUCGUCGUAUCACUUCAGUCAAGGUCGACUUAUACUGAGUUGCGUUGCGCAAGUUACUGAGCUGUACACCGCCAAUGCUACUUUAGAACUUGAGAGUGUAAGAGAUCCCGUCCCAGAACGAGUGAGCGCCGUCAACUCGGUGAGCAGCCGUUCCAGCUACGUUAUAGCGCAAUUAAUCAUUUUUCAUUUAUUGAACUUGAUUAGCAACUGAACAAAACAUUCGAAAUAUAAAUAUAUUUUUCAUUGAUAUUUUCAAUGUUACCCGCCUCUUCAACAUCCACCUACACAUAUGACCCAAAUUCUCUUUUUUCACACUAAUGAACACGAAAAUUUUUAAAAAGAAAAUGAAUCUAAAUGUGCGUUAUAUGAAAACGUUCAAUAAAUCACGGCAUGCAAUCAAUUUUUCACAUUUUAUAUUAUGUUUUGAAGUACGCGUAGGUUUUUAUUUCAAUUCAUAAAAUUGAAUAACAUAUACAUUCAUGUUAAAAUACCACUUGACUGGUAUUUUGUUGUUAAUAAUAAAUAAUUGUAUUUUAUUUUCAUUAUAAAUUAAUAAUACAAUUUAAGUUAGAGAUGUAAUUAAUUAAAACAACAACGCGAAAAACACGCGCAUUCCUUUCCUAAAUUUUAAUUUUAUGAAAUUUCGUCGAAUAUUUUAAUUUUAUCCUUGUUUCAGUACUAUUUAAAAAUUGCAUGUUUUGUAAAAAAAAACUGCAAGACACUAUUAAUAACAUAUAAAUGUUAGAGAUGUUUGUACAGAGUGUUACCAGUGUGUCUAAAACGUAUAAUAACAUAAAGUAAUUGGUAACAUUGUGUAUGAUUUACAAAGAAGUAACAAUGUUCAACGUUAUUAACUAUUAACUAUUUAUAUUUUAAGAAAUGUAAAAGUAAAGCACUACAUGCGUAAAUACUGAUACAACAGAGUCAAGAGAAUGAAGAACAAUCCUUGAAGUAUAUAUUAUUAUGUAAAAAUAAUAUCUAGACAAAAGCGAGCUAAGAAAAUUAUGUAAUGUAAUAUACAGAAAAUGUUAACUGUGAUAAUAAUAAUAAUUUAUAAUAAUUAUACUUAUUAAUUGAUA